AUGUUCCUCGGUGGAGAAUGCGGAAAACGUCUGAUACCAAAUGUUAUUGACGAGACGGCUCGGCAAACUCCCAAUGUUGAGUGCAUGUCAAUUCCACGGAGCAACAAUCCGUCGGAUGGAUGGAAGCCUGUAACUUGGGCUCAGGUCGCCAAUGCCGUCAAUUAUGUCGCAAACAUGCUCAUUACACAAAAUGGACAUCCGGCGCCUGGCAAAUUCCCUACAGUGGCCUACAUAGGCUUGGAAGACCCCCGCUACCCCAUCUUCGUGGUCGGUGCCAUCAAGGCCGGCUACCAAGCCCUGCUCAUUUCGCCUCGUAACUCGAUCGAGGCGCAACUGAACUUGUUCGAUAAAACAAAUUGCAACAUACUAUACCAUGAACAGCAGUUUGUGUCAAUGGUGCAGCCGUGGGUGGAUGCAAGGCCGGCAAUGAAGAGUGUAGGUAUAGCGCCAUUUGAUGAGUGGGUUGUUGAUGGAGUGACACCUGUUCUUUAUACGAAGACAUUUGCCGAGGCAGAAUGGGACCCUUAUGUGGUACUGCACACAAGUGGCAGUACCGGCUUUCCCAAAGCAGUGGUCUUGCGGCAGGGCAUGGUUGCUCAGAAUGAUCUUCAUCGUUACGUACCGGCUCGCGAUGGCACCUUACCUUGGCUCCCAACAUGGACCAGCUCUCCUAAUCCGCGCCACCUGCUCGUCAUGCCCUUAUUUCACGCUGCAGGUAUUAUGAUCUCGACUUUGUGUACCUUCUACUAUAAUACAACGAUGGUAUUCCGGGAUCCCUCUCGUCCUAUAACAGGCGACAAUGUGGUCCAGUGGCUACAAAACAGUAACCCGGGGUGGACCGCUAUACCGCCAGCCAUCCUGGACCAUAUGUCUCACUCGGAGGAGGCAAUGAUUGAGCUUAAAAAACUCCAUAUCGUGGCUUUUGGUGGAGGCGCUAUUACCCCCGAGACGGCUAACCGACUGGCAAACUAUCAUAUCAAGACGGCGAACGCUAUUGCAGCUACUGAGUUCUCUUUCUUUCCUUAUUACUCUCAACCGGACCCCGCUAUGUGGCCGUGGUUCGUCAUCCCAAGUGAUAUAAUGGGCAUCAAAUGGCGGUUGAUUGGCGACAAUACGUAUGAGCAAGUCAUAGUGCGCAAGGACAAACACCCAGGCCUGCAGGGUUGCUUCUAUACCUUUCCCCAGCUGGACGAGUUCAGCACCAAAGACCUGUACCAGCCGCACCCAACUUUGGAAGACCAUUGGACAUACGUGGGACGGGCCGACGACAUAAUUGUCUUCUCUACGGGAGAGAAGCUCAACCCCUUGACUAUUGAAGGGGCCAUCAUGGGCCACCCAGCGGUGUUCAGUGCGCAGGUUGUUGGUAGUAAGCAAUUCCAUGCUGGACUAAUGAUCGAGCCAGUUCAGUAUCCCAAAGAUGAAAAGGAAAGGCAGCUCUUUAUUGAUGAUAUUUGGCCAACAAUUGAGAAGGUUAAUGCUGAAACGGUUGCACACGGCCGCAUCUUACGCGAUUAUGUCUUUUUGUCGGAUCCGGAGCGCCCUUUUCCUCGCGCAGGUAAAGGCAGCAUUCAACGCGCUAUGGUGGAAAGGUUAUACGCGGAAGACAUUAAAACCUUCUUUGAUAAUAGAGACAACUUGGUCGUGGCUGUGGAUCUUGAUGUCACUUCUGAGACGUCAGUUUUGGGUUCUGUUCACGAAUUGGUUCGGAGCGUGUUCAAAAUCCCUGAGUUGAACACAGAUGAUGAUUUCUUUACCGCUGGUAUGGAUUCGCUACAAGCCAUUCAACUCUCUCGCGCGCUGUUUGUCGCCCUGGAUAAAUUGGGUGUUAAAGCCAGCGAGCAGGCGGUGGAAUUGAGGGCUAUCUAUGCCCAUCCAACGAUCACACAGCUAGCGGCGUAUGUCUUCUCCCUGGUCCGCGCAAAUUGCAAAGAGGGUGGCCCAACCGACGAUCCAGGUGUGAUGGCAGAUGAAACAACCAUUUGCACUGCACUCGUCAACAAAUAUAUCCACGACCUUCCAGAUGCAGUGCCGAAUAAGCCAGCUCCUGCCAACAAAGGACAAGUCAUCAUCAUCACAGGCACAACGGGUGCACUGGGAUCGUACUUGCUGGACUUCACCUUGAAAUGUUCCAAUGUGAGCAAAGUAAUCUGUUUCAACCGUUCUGUGGACAUUGUAGAGCGACAUAUUGAGGCGAGUACAUCCAGGGGAUUAUCGACUGAUUUCUCCCGGGCCGAGUUCCUGCAGGUAAAUCUUGCGGAACCAGACUUGGGCCUUGCCCCCGAGAUAAGGAGUCGACUUGCAGAUGAGGUGGACCGCGUGAUCCACAAUGCCUGGCCUGUCAACUUUAACAUGUCCGUGGCGUCGUUUGAGCCGCACAUCCGCGGGGUACGCAACCUGGUCGAUUUCAGCUCACAAUCUGCGCGCAAAGUUGUUCCUAUAACGUUUAUUUCAAGCAUUGGAACGGUUGAGAGAUGGGAGAGCCCCGAGGUACCUGUACCUGAGACAGCGCUGCCAGAUUGGUCCCUCGCAACAAUGGGAUAUAGUCAAUCAAAGCUCGCAAGCAGUACGAUUCUUGAUACAGCUGCUAAGGUAUCGGGUGUGCCUAGUGUCAUCGUACGGGUUGGGCAAGUUGCGGGCCCGCGUGGCGAGAAAGGCAAAUGGAAUCCACAAGAGUGGCUUCCAAGCUUAGUGCGCAGUUCCGUUUACCUAGGUCUCCUGCCUGACUCCCUUGGCACAUUUGAAGAUGUGGGUUGGGCGCCAGUGGAGGACAUCGCGAAUGUGAUACUGGAUGUUUCGGGUGUGACGUUUUUUUGGUCGGUAGAAGAGAUUGCCGGGUACUUCCAUGCACUCAAUCCAAAGGCUACCAACUGGUCUAGCCUCAUACCCAUCCUGCGUGAGUUUUAUGGCGAGAGAAUCCAAAAGGUGGUCUCAUUGGAAGAGUGGAUCCAUGCACUUCAAAAGACUCUGGUUCAUCCUGUGGUAGAUGAUAACCCGGCGGUGAAGCUGCUCGACACAUAUCGAUCGGCGGCAGAGGGUGUGAAGAUGGGAAUCAAGGCAGCACCGCUGGCUACCACAAGAACUGAGUCUUAUAGUUUGACAAUGCGGCAGAUGGAGGAAGUUUCGCCUGAAUUGAUGAGAAACUGGUGUGCGCAGUGGCAAUUUUGA